GUUCUGUUUCCUCAUUGGCUUGUUGACAUUUCCAUCAAGCCAAUUCACGGAAGUGUAACCACCCACAACAAAGAUGGAGGACGAUAUCUCAGAUUUGAGCAGACCUCAAAUGUAUUUGUUUGGUUGCACCCUCAAAUCGGACAAACGGGAGUUCAGAGUCGACGCGGACGACGAUGAUGCGGAGCAGCAGCUGUCACUCAAAGCAGUGUGUUUGGGAGCCGAGGCCGAGGACAAGUUCCACAUGGUGGAAAUCGAAGGGCUCACGUAUGAUGGGAAAUCUACCAAAGUGCCGCUGGUCGUCCUGAAGCCGUCCGUCCUGCCCUCUAUGAGUUUAGGUGGAUUUGAGAUCACGCCUCCAGUUACCUUCCGUCUCCAGUCCGGCUCCGGCCCGGUCCACAUCAGCGGGCAGCAUUUCAUUAGCGUGAAGGAUUCUGAGGAUGAAGAGGAGGAGAACAACAGCUCCCCGGUGAAGCGGCCCGCGGGCCUCGUUUCGGGGAAGAAGCCCCCGUUGGUAGCUACCUCGAAAAAACUAAAGAUGGACUCUGACGAUGAUGAAGACGACAGUGACGAGGAUGAGGACGAUGAUGAUGAAGAUGACGACAGCGAUGAAAAUGAUGUGAAGCCUCAGAAGAAUGCCGGAAAAGAACAAAAAAAAAGCUCAGAGAAGCCCAACAAGACUCCGGUGAAACAAAACGGCCCCGCGGGAAAACCUUCAGGAUCAUCAGUCAAACCCCAGAUGAAGACACCUGCCCCGGGGAGGGACAAAGCCCAGGCCGGCCCGUCUAAACCGCUCUCCCCCAGCGAGAUUAAGAGCAAGCUGUCGAAGGCGGCCAAGGAGGGAAAACCGCUGCCAAAGACCGAGCAGAAGUUUGAGAAUUACGUGAGGAGCUCUUUCAGGAUCUCGGACAAAAAGGUGGCCAAGGACCUUUGGGAUUUUGUACAAACACUGAAGAUUGAGAAGAAGUAACAAAGUGGGAGCGUUUUACAACCUGAAAGACAUUUAAAGGCACAGUCAGCGAGAUUUCCUACUUUCCGUCUUAACGUGUCGUCAUCGCGGAGCGUCAAGUGGGUGAAGCCAUUAAUGAUGCAGGUGUCACUGUUUUUUUGUUUUUUUUUGUUGAGAUGCAAAGCACCUCCCGGAGCUCGUCCCUGAUCCACUCACAUUGCCGCUCAAUCACACUUGCGCCACCUGCAGGCAAUAAAUGUCCCACCUGCAGAUUUUCUUUUUUUUUUUUUUAUAGCUGCAACCACUCACAGACAUUUAAAUUGGCAAAAGUCCUUUGUAAAGUUAGUCAUUGCUAAAAAUCUCUACUUUUAAACCACAUUCAAAAUCACAUUUUCAAAAGCUCCCCGCCCUCACUUCCUGCAGACGUCUUUGCCGCACGCUCUGCGGUGUUGAUGAUGAGUCCGGCUUCAGGUGCUUCGCAUCCGUGACACUGUGUGUCCUCGCUAAGUCAACAAUGCAAUAGGAGAUAUUGCAGAAUGUGCCUUUAAAUAUCUCUUCUGUGAACUGAGGUAAACGAGUGAGUCUGAGCAGCAUGUACGAGGGGGGGGGAUGUCGGCGGGGUUUUUUAAACCUAUAAUCUUUCAAAACUCUCAAGUAGAUGAGUUUAUACAGUUGAAGUUUGAAUUAGCAUGAACUUAUUCGCAGCGUGAAUUCAUAUCAACCCCAUUUCGUUUGACAGAGUUCUUGUUUCAGUGGUUACAGAAAACAUUCUUAAUAAUACUGUUAUUGUUUUUAUAAAACCAACGCAGCUGCCCCGACUCAAGUGUUCCUGUUAAAGAAAUCCACAGGGUUCAAAAAGCAAAUGCGAACACCGUUUUCAAUGAACUCUAAUGGAAUAACAGCUACAGGACUGUGAUCACAGAGCAUCUCCUUUAUUACAACAUAAUCAUGAGGUGCAGAAAGGCCAGAAAACCACGUCAGCUGAGCAGAAACCACAUGAAGAAGCAGGUAAUCGUUUGCAGUGUUUAUACCGAUGCUCGGAUGACAAUGAGCGUUUCAAUGGCUCCGUGCUUACGUGUUUCUGAUCAUAAAUCCUGAUUCGGUUUUCACGAGCCUUUUAUGAGCCGAAUGUUGGCCGUUGGACCAUCUUUAACCCUCCGGUUGUCUGAGAAGGAUAGUCGGAAAACUUCCCUUCUGCAGCUAAUUCGGGCCAUUGAAGUCUCCCUGAUAAUCCACCUAAAUGUUUCAUUGUUUGGUUCCUUUGUUGUCCUCUUUUGGAGGGAGGUUUCAGUAGGAGCUGGAUGCCGACUCUAGGAAUUAUUUUUGGCUUGCCUACGAGUUCAUGGUUGAGUCCUUCAAGAAGGAUUUUCUAAUCUUCUACUUUCCGUUUGUCAAAGCCAAUGAACGUUUUUUUUUUUUUUUUUCCUGUAAGCAAAUCUUUUAUUUAACAGCCGGCAGCUAAACAAUGAUAUUUUUGUGUAAUCCGCCCCCGGCUAAAAGCUGGUUUUGCAUUUUUGUUUGAAAUGUUGUGUUCUAGUUUGAAGUGUUUUAUGAAUGUAACCCCCCCCCCCUCCUUCAUUGGAUUGGAUCAAAAUACUGUCCUCUUUGUCAUUUUAAACUUGUCCUACUUUUUAUUCUAAAAAUUUGAAGCCAGGACCUAAAUAUCUUCAUCUGGUCGAAAAAAAGACCAGUUUUGGUCUUUGUGUGUUUAGGGUUCAUCAUUUAGUAACUUGUGGUUAAAAUGAGUAGUUCAAGUAUCUACGGUAGUACCCGACUAAAGUCCUUUGAUGUUUUCUGUGAUCCGUGCUGUUUCCAUCCAGUUAUUUCAUUUCGGCUGUGAGCUGAGAAACCGUCUGUAGGACAUCAGCAUGCGAUUCACGGCCAGAAACAACGCAGAUGAAACUGUGACACAGUGAAAUGUUGGAAUGCUCAGACGCUAGCUGGCCUGAAUGUGUCGCAACAAGGUCCAACUAGCCCAUUUCAUUGGUUCAUGGGUAUUCAUUCAUUCAUGCUUUGUUGAGAUGAACGUAUCCAUCCAUUGUUGUUUUUUUAUCUACAUGUAACAUUGACCUGAAUAAAGUAAAUCCCAGUUUUGAGUCAAA